AUGGCAGCGUCGGAGGGAGCGCUGGAGGCUCUAGGCAGACAGCUGGAAGCUCUGAGGCUAGAUAACGACAAGAGGUUUCAAGCCUUGGACGACAAGACUCGAGCUUUAGAGCAAGAUAACACUACUUUAAGGCGCGAGAAACAAGAGUACGACGACAAGAUUCGAGCCUUGAGAGAAGAGCGCGAGAAACAGGAGUACGACGACAAGAUUCGAGCUUUAGAGUACGACGAGAAGAUUCGAGCCUUAAAAGAAGAGUACGACGAGAAGACUCGAGCCUUGAGAGAAGAGUACGACGAGAAGACUCGAGCUUUAGAGCAAGAUAACACUACUUUAAGGCGCGAGAAACAGGAGUACGACGAGAAGACUCGAGCUUUAGAGCAAGAUAACACUACUUUAAGGCGCGAGAAACAAGAGUACGACGACAAGACUCGAGCCUUAAACGUAUCUGAGCUCACGAAACAAAUAGCGUGCAAUCUACGAUUUGGUUACUUUGACGACCUUUGCUCUACCUUUCUCCAGCUUCCAAAGGCUCCUGCAGUAUUUCGGCAAAACGUUUGUCUGGCUUUUCUUCAGGCCGCGCAGAACUUACCCGCCGAUAAAGAUUGCAAGAAGGGACAUGACAGGGAGAAAGCUUUUGACCUGGAGGGCUGUAAAGUUAACUCAGGCUUGGUAGAGCGAUCGCACUUGGUCCCAAACAGUGCUGCAUGUCGAAUCGACUGGGGGAUUAUUGUGCAGAAUGCUCUUCCAGAGGGCUUGCGGUCGGAUGACGUCGCUAAGAAGGUUUUGUUUGGGUGUUAUGAUGAGGACAACAACCACAUACCAGGCAUUGCGGACCUUCCUUUCAACUUUAUCUUCCUUGGUGGCCAACGCGAACAUUUGGACAGCAAAGCAGCUCUGAUGUUGCUUCCACUCCUAUCUCCUCAGCAGCAAUUCGAGUGGAAAGGCGAAGGGUACAAAGCGAUUUUGAUCGGUGUUGACAAAAACGUCUACAAAGAAACUUUCUUUCAACUUGAUACUGAAGCUGUUCUGAAGAACUCAGAGUACGAACAACAUCAUUUGGACGAAGAGUCUCUCGUCAAGGAAAUCUGCCGUCCGAUGAAGCAGAAGUAUUUGCUUCCCACCUUGUAUCAAGAUGACAGGGAGGUGCUACAUCAGGCCCUACAGCACAUUCAAAUUCUUUACAAGGACGUUUGUUUGAUUCAGUGCGAAGCUCCCAAAAGUCUGGAAACGCUGCUGCAAGAAAACAGAUUCUGGAACCAAGACUCCAGGCGUUUCCUUUCCAAAAAAGUCUCAGGGUGCGAUAAGCUCAGGGAUAAGUUGACAAAGGAGAAGAAAGUCAAGGCUUUCGAGGGACUUAAGUCUGAAACUGGGCAGCCAGUGGCGGCGGCACUGCCAUGUUUUCGCGUGAUCACGUUCAAAGGAGACAGUCAGGAAGAGCAACAUAUAGAGCUUCACACGGCACCACACCCUCUUCUUCUUUCGCUCCGAUCCAUGAACGCAAUGACGAAUUAUUUUUACGGAGAUUUGCCAAAUGGGAAAUCAAGUCUGCUGCUUAUGUCUUGUUACGGCGGCCUGGAGGAAGGGAUGGCAUUCGAUUGUUCACAAUGCUUGCGAAACGCGUUUGGCGAAGAAUACGACCCGAAAGAGCAAUAUGUCAUGGGACCUGAUGGCCCUGAGAUUCUGUCUUGCGGUAAUCCUGUCCAAGGUGCCGCGAUGAGUCCAGAAAACAGUCCGGAGGCGUUACAGUAUGCGGCUGGGCGUCAGUGUGGAUCGAAUACUAGCGCAUCUCCCACUUCGAGUCAAGAGUCGGAAUGUAGCGCCGCGAGUACUGUCCAAAGGGACCUUUUUGACUGA